AUGAAGUUCUCAACUGUCGCUGCCGCUGCUGCUCUCACUGGCGCCGCCUCUGCUCACGCCAACACUACCGUCACCACCCACAUUGUGGUUACUGACUACACCACUUACUGUCCUGAGCCAACCCACGUUGUGGUGAACAACAAGACCAUCACCGUCACUGAAGCCACCACUUUGACUGUCACUGGCCCCUGCACCAUCCCAACCACCAUUGUGCAGCCAGCUCCAACUCCAACCCAGCCAGGUCCAGGCGGGCCAGCUCCAACCAAACCAGGUCCAGGCGAGACUGCUCCAACCACCACAGCGCCUGAGUCGAAGCCUCCAGCUUCCUCCAGCCAGCCAAGCAGCAUUGCUGGAGUAUCGACUGCUCCUAACAAUGCUGGCAAGGCCGCUGUUGGUGCUGCUGCUGGAUUGGCUGCCAUUGCUGCCGCUCUUGUUUAA